AUGGAUAGAAAACGCGAACUACUGGAGCUAGAAGUGCACAAAUACUCUCAUACGUUCGGCGAACUAAUGAUUCACCAAGCUGUGCAUACGAUAGAGUUCGUUCUGAGCUGUGUAUCUCAUACUGCUUCUUACCUUCGUUUAUGGGCAUUAUCACUAGCUCACGGCCAGUUAUCUGAAAUGCUCUGGCUGAUGUUACUAUCAAAAAAUGGUUUGCGAGCCACAAGCUUGUUAGGAUCCGUAAAGUUGUUUGUAGUGUUCGGCGUAUGGGCUACCUUCUCCUUUGCAAUACUCGUCGUUAUGGAGGGGCUAUCUGCGUUCCUUCACACUUUACGAUUACACUGGGUCGAAUUUAUGAGUAAGUUCUACUCUGGCGGAGGCUACAUGUUCCACCCAUUUAGUUUCCGCGAGUUUCUGCAUCACGAUUAUAAAGAAGAUAAGUCUGUUCAAGUUAUUUGUAAGAAAGGAAAAACCGGCAAAGACACGACUGUCAGAGGUACAAGGAAAAGAAAAGAAGCAUUAUAAAUAUAGAGAAGGCUGAAAACUGAUAUUGUUCUAAUUGGAUAGUUUUAACGUACUUACACCUAUUUUAUGUUGCGUAUUAAUUGUUUUAUUUGUA